AUGGUGGAAAAUAUUCCCGGGGGGGACACGUCCGGCCUUGACAACACCGAAGCACGUUUGUCUAUCGCUGAGAGUUGCUCUCACAGAGCUUAUCGGGAUUUUUUUUCAGUUGUUGAGCUCUGCACGCGCUAUGGCAGAGGCGGAUCCUCGGUCGUGUGGAUGGCCAAGUGCAUGACGACGGGGGAGAUAGUCGCUGUGAAACAGAUCAGACGGGAGAGAGGGUCUACAGCCUCGGCACUUCCGGUGGUGAACGAAGUCGAGCUGGCAGGCCGCUUGUUUUGUCCAGAAGGGCAGCCUAGAUUUGAUAGCGCGCGAUGGCCAGGGUGCGACCAUAUCGCGCGCUUCUAUGGCGUGACGCAAGGGAAGAAUUCCCUCUUUCUCGUACAAGAGUUCGCAGGCCUUCCUCUGUCGAAGCUUAUUCGGAGUAUCAAGGGAGAGUUUGUUGACAUGAGGCGAGUGUACCGAAUAGCGGAAAAGCCAUACUACACGGAAAUGAAAAGGAACCCGCGGAUCUUGAAGAGAAUUCUUCGCAACGUCCUGGAAGUUCUCGAACUUCUCAACCACAUUGGAUACGUCCACGCGGAUUUGAAGCCGGACAACAUUCUGGUCAAACGGUCAGAGGACGAGGGAAACUGCGGCGACGUCAAAGUCAUCGACUUCGGGUGCGCCUUCAGACAUGAAGAAGAGGGAGGGACUGUCAUGGCCACGCCGGAAUAUAUGCCGCCCGAGGCGUUGAGUAGUAGUUGCGGAAGUUCCGCUGAAAGAGAUGAAGACGGCAACGACCGCCAUCUGCCCGGCGGCUUCUUUGCGGGACACGCCAA